CGUCUUAGAGGAAAGAAAGAUUUACGAAAUGAUAGGUGGUCGCGUUUUGUUUGGCUGAGCGGCCGCGCGCACUGAAUAGAGGAGUCUCGGCGUUUCCUCCCCUUUAGGGAUUAAGGCGGGCUAUGGCUACUCUGUACGCCGCAGAGCUUCACUCACCGCCACCGUGAUACCGAACAGCACCGGAGCCUCUAUGACGGACUGAACUCCCGCAAAACGAGUAGUUGAACCGAACCCCCAGCCUUCACUGGAUACUCUGCUUCCCUGUUUCUCCCAUAUUCUGACAUUGCACACUCGCAGCACUUUCUCUGCGUAAUAGGACAUUUCAACAGAAGGGAGAGAGGGGUUUCCCUAUCCAAGCACUUUUUGUGGAAUUCCGAAAACCUACGGCUUGUGUGAUUUCUUUGUAAAGGACGUUAAGAAGAAGCGAUAUAUAAUCACCUUCUUCGAAUUCUACCAAUACCUACCUUUAUAGGUCUUGUUCUCUAUUUCUCUCACCCCCCCCCCCCUCUCUUUCCUCACGUCACUGCUCAGCUACGCGGCGGUUGUGCGUCAGCGGAGCAGAGAUGACGACCGAGAUCUCUCAGCAGCAGCUGGACCCACCGCCUCCCCUGAGGUCCAGCCCGGGCACCGGCGUCCUGCACCCCACCAUUAUGAAUCCACAGUCGGCCGUAGACAGCUCAUCAGCGGUUGCCAAAGGCAAGAAGGCAAGCUCCGGCCUCAGGCGGCCUGAGAAACCGCCCUACUCCUACAUUGCACUCAUCGUUAUGGCCAUACAGAGCUCACCCACCAAGAGGCUCACGCUAAGUGAAAUAUAUCAGUUUCUUCAGGCCCGGUUCCCCUUUUUCAGAGGAUCCUACCAGGGAUGGAAAAAUUCUGUCAGGCACAAUCUCUCCCUGAACGAGUGCUUCAUCAAGCUGCCCAAAGGGCUAGGCAGGCCGGGGAAAGGCCACUAUUGGACGAUCGAUCCAGCCAGCGAGUUCAUGUUCGAAGAGGGCUCAUUCCGACGCAGACCCAGAGGCUUUCGGAGAAAAUGCCAAGCCCUGAAGCCUAUGUACCGGAUGAUGAACGGCAUAGGCUUUGGUACGUCCAUUUUACCACAGAGCUUUGAUUUUCAGCCACCCUCUGGGUCUCUGGCGUGUCAUAGCAACGGUUACAAUUUGGACAUGAUGACCAAUUCCAUGGCUGGUGGUUACGACGGGUUGGGUGGCGGCCACCACGUACCUCACAUGUCCCCUAGCCCCGGAUCCACGUAUAUGGCCAGCUGUCCGGUAGCGUCCAACGGAGACUACGGAGGACCAGACAGCAGCAACAGCCCUGUGCCCUCGUCCCCGGCUAUGUCCAGCGCGUUGGACGGACACAGUCAUUCUCCAUACGCCGGUACCUCCGGACACUGGGCUUCAACCGGCGGCUCCCCGUAUAUAAAGCAGCAGCCUCUGGCCUCCAGCAGCGCGGCGUCCUCUGGGCUACAUUCCGGCAUGUCCCCCUACUCCCUGGAGCAGAGCUACCUCCACCAGAACGCAAGGGACACCGCGGAUAUCUCAGUGGGGAUCCCUCGCUACCAGAGCCACUCGUCACCAGUGUGCGACAGAAAGGAUUUUGUCCUGAACUUUAACGGCAUCUCCUCGUUCCAUCCCUCAGCCACCGGAUCAUAUUAUCAUCACCAUCACCACCAUCACCAAAGUCUUUGUCAAGACGUCAAGCCGUGCGUGAUGUAGUGCGCAUGAAGGUCCCCAACCGUGCGCUGAAGAACAUGAAGCGAUCGAUAUAAAAUGGAACAACUUACACCGAUUCCAUAAAUGACUGCUAAAACGCUAAUACAUGGUAUGUCAUCAUUCUAAAGAGAACGAGAAAGGAGGACAGUAUUUCUAAGAGUCUGGAAAGAACUUCUAACAUCAGGAUAUAUUUACAGUGGUCUCGUCGUUUUGAUGAGACUAAAGGAUAGUAUUAUGCUAAAACUGUUUCCCGAAAUUAAGGAAGAAAGCGAAAAGCUUCUGACAAUGAAACCACUUCGCAUUAUUCAGUUCUCUGUUGACCAACGUUUUCUUCUUCAAAAGAAGUUUUAAAACGACUUUAUGUGUUUGCUGUCGUUAGCUGUGCAACCAAAUUUAUUUGUAUGUAGCCUAACUGGGCCUCUGUUCUGAUGUAGGCCUAUAACAGUAAAUCAAGCCUACACAAAGCUUUUUUAAGAAAUAAAGAUUGCAACAAAUUUGCACUUAUUGUAUACCCUUAUUGUGAUUUGCUUAAUUUACUGGUUGUAAAGUGUUGUUUCAAUAAAGCUGAUGUAUUUUAGGCUGAA